GCGCGCGACAGUCUCCGAUCCGCCCGGGCUCGCUCUCUGACGGCGUCGCCAUGGAGCCGUGGGCGGGUAUUUCCAAACAGGACAUUCGUGAGCGAAUCUGGGACUACAUGGAAUCACAAAAUUUAGCUGACUUCCCCCGACCUGUCCACCACAGGAUUCCCAACUUCAAGGGUUCCCACCUGGCCGGCCAGAACCUCCAAGGCCUGGAAGUUUUUUCCAGGUCGCAGGAAGUGAAAGUGGACCCUGACAAGCCGCUGGAAGGCGCCCGGCUGCUGGCCCUGCAGAGCAAGAAAACGUUGUUGGUCCCAACACCACGCCUGAGAACAGGGCUGUUUAAUCGGAUCACGCCGCCCCCCGGGGCCACGAAGGACACCUUGAGGAAGUGUGCCACCUCCCAGGGAGUGAGGAGCUACAGCGUCCCCCUGGGCCUGGACGCCAGGGUCGCCGUGGACCUGGUUGUGGUGGGGUCUGUCGCCGUUUCUGAGAAAGGCUGGAGAAUCGGGAAGGGAGAAGGCUACGCGGACCUCGAAUACGCCAUGAUGGCGUCCAUGGGCGCGGUCGGCCCCGGCACUCCAGUGGUCACCAUCGUCCACGACUGCCAGGUGGUGGACAUCCCCGAAAGCCUCCUGGAGGACCACGACCUCAGCGUGGACUACAUCCUCACCCCCACGAGAGUGGUCGCCACCGGCUGCCGGCGCCCAAGGCCCACGGGAGUCACGUGGUCCAAGGUCAGCUGGGAGAUGCUGGGGAAGAUCCCGGUCCUCAGGAGCCUCCGGCAGCGGGAGAAGCAGGCUGGGAAAGACGUCGCCCUCCGGGACGAGCGCCGGCACCUUCCGGAAACUCAUGGCGGGGAGAAGGCUCCCUCGAGUGCAGACGGGAGACCCCGGGUCCCAGCCCGGCCGGAAGUGGGUGCUGCGCAGGGUGAGGGUGCACCCUCUAGCCCCAAGCCCCCGCCUGCCGCCUCUGUUUACGUGGGGAACCUGCCCCCGGGUGCCCGGGUGCGGGAGCUGAAGUGCGCCCUGCGGGAGCUGGGCUCCAUGCCCGGGCGGCUCACGUGGCAGGGCCCGCGGGGCAGGGCCUUCCUCCACUACCAGGACCAGGCCUCGGCGCAGCAGGCCGUCUCUCGCCUGCAGGGCUUGCACCUGGGCGCCAGCCCCCUGCGGGUGGCACUGGCCAGGCCGCAGAGGGCCCGUGGCCUGGAGGGCGGCUGCGCUGCAGAGCCACACCCUGACCUUGGCCCGGCUGCCUCGGACGCUGCGGCCCCCGUGGGUCCUCCCAGGCCCAAGGAGCCGCCGCUGCUCUGA